AUGGCUAAUUGGAGUGAUUUGGCCGUUGAUAUCCUUAGAGAAAUAGUGUUGAAACUAGAUUCUGCCCAAGACUUAGUCUAUUUCUCCGUUGUAUGUGAAUCAUGGCAGUUUGCGUAUUCUACGGCUAAAAGUAAUUGGACUAGGACGAUGCCAUGGUUGAUGCUACCCGAAAACGCACAAAAUAGCCCUAAUUACCCUAGGAUAACAUACUGUCCUAAUAAGCAAAGGUGUUACCAAUUACAUCUCCCUCAAACUUACGGUGCUAGAUGUUGGGGUUCGUCGUGUGGUUGGGUUGUCGUACUCGAUCCUAACCUAGAGCUAUACAUGUUGAACCCGAUAACUAAGUCUCGCAUUUGCCUACCCCCUCUAUCACCAAUGCUCAACGUAUCUGUUAAAGAUGAAGACGGCCCUGCGUUUUAUCACACACUUAUCAUAGAAAAGGCCGUCGUAAUUGAAGCUGAUGAAAAAUACAUUGUCAUAACAACACCUGGCAGCUUUUAUCGCGGUGUAAAAUAUGCAACGCCUGGUGACCGAAAAUGGACCGAGAUUUAUUUCCCCGAUACAAACAAAAGGUAUGUGAGUGAUGUUACGCGUUGGGGUUCAAAUUUGCUAUUCAUAAACGACUUUGGAAGAGUUGGAUAUUGUGAAAUCAGUACACUCUUAAGUUCACAGCCUGUUACAUUAAUGGAGUAUAUACCUCAACCCUCCUUUUUGUCUGAUUACAUAGUACCAUUGUCGUUUAAUUGCAAAGCAUUAAAUCAAGUAUACUUGUUGGAAUCAUUUGGUGAACUUCUUAUGGUAUUCAGAUACAAAAUUGAGCUUUACGACGAUGAUCCUUGGGAGUGUCAAACGAUUAAUUUUAAGGUAUACAAGUUCAACUUUGAGACCAAAAUUUGGGCACAAGUCAAUGACUUGGGUGAUGUUGCAAUCAUCGUUGGGAGUAAUACUUCGUUGUCGAUUCGUGCAUCGCGCAUUCAUAACUGCAGAAGGAACUGUAUUUAUUUCAGCAAUGAUCAGUGGCUAUUUCGGAAUGGGAACCCUCUUAUCUUUGGAGGUGACAAAGCUGACAAUGGACUUUUCGACAUAACAAAUCAGGCGUUGGAAACCGUUUAUAGAAGUCAUGAAAAUCGUUCUAAAUUAAGCUCUCCUUUUUGGUUUAUGCCCAAGUUUUAA